GAGAUUAUAGUUGGUCAUGGCAUACGGCUCAAAAGCAUUGCUUUUUCGAAACAGAAAAAUACUCAGAACAAAACAUACUCCGGAGUAAAGGAGUGCGUAUUUCAUUCAGGAUGAGCAAGCGCAUGUAUGAUGUGUGCGACCCAAGUGACAAGGUGCUGCAUGCCAUGAAAUUAGCGCAGAACGGGCCGAAGAGGCGGGUGCGAUGCCUGGAGGAUCUGGACGACUGGGUUCGCUCGCAGGCCUACAAUGACACGAUCGCCUACAUCAGCAACACCAGCAUGGCCAUACAGGGAAUCAGAUUGAACAGCGAUUACCCUGUGUCGGAGCAGAUGCGGAGGCUGUGCGAAAUUUUCGAGGGCUUGGAGAUACUCCUAUCCGAAAAUACACCGAAUUUGGACAGCUCCGAUACAUGGCUGACGUCCCAGCAGGCCACUGCCAGGGCCUACCGCACCUGGAUGCGCCAGAUGCAGCAGUUCGUGUUCUCAAUUCUGGACCAGGCAGUACAGCCGGAGUGCAAGCACAUCAACGAACUGGGACAGUACUUGCGGCGCUCCUUUGGCUGCUCGAGCAGCCUUGAGUAUGGCCCCGGCAACGAGCUCAUGUUCCUGUUUUUCCUUUGCGGCCUGUUCAGGGCCGGCAUCCUACUCGCUGGGGACACGGUAGCCGCGGCCUUGCUCCUCUUUCACCGCUACAUCCGGCUGGUGCGCCACCUGAUCCUGACCUACUCGCUAUCGCUAACAAAGGACCCAAGUCGCUCGAUGGACGACUACUACGUGAUGCCCUAUAUUUGGGGAGCAGCCCAGCUUUCGCUGGACGCGCCGUUCUCACCGAUGCAGAGCGAGCUGCCGCUGACAAUGGAGACUCAUCGGCAGGACUACAUGUUGCUGGAGGUCAUCGACCACCUGCAGAAGACGCGAGGGCUCCAGCUCAACCACAUCGCCUUUCAGCUGUGGUGCAUUCUGUCGGCACCAACUUGGCCGCAGGUCUAUGGGGGAAUCGAGCGCGCGUACGUGUCAAACGUGCUCUCCACAUUCGAAACCGUUGAGAACGCGAUAUUCUGUGAACUUAUGUCCUUCGAUAGUGUGCCGUCACUUGCCAUGGAGCAGCGUGCGUAUCUGGGGAGGCGAUACUCUGAAGAUCGUAAGAGUUCGUUGCCCAACCAAGGAGAGAAGGCAGAAGAGAAUUCCGAGCAAAUGCCAGAGAGCGGCAAGAAAAAAGUGUUGCCCCUGCCUGUCCACAAAUGUUUGAGCAUGCAGCCCAGCUUGUUCGUUGGCUUCCCCGAAAGGAAGUCCAGUGGUGCGGACAGCGAAGAUGACGAGCACGAUCCUCUAUGGAUAGUCCGGCGCGUCAAAUCCGUGGAACAGGACUCAGAUACGAGUACAGCCAUGUACUUUACGGAUGCGGUGAUUAUCAAGGAUGCUCUGCCGGCAUCAUCGUCCUCUGAAUCAUCGUCCAGCUAAAGCCAUUUGUCGCUAAAGGGAAGAAAAGGCUUUAAAUUAUAUUUUGGUUAUUUUUGUUAAAAUAAAUUCAGUUUUUUGGUA